AUGGCUAACUUUCGCACGGCCAGCCUUCUCGUGGCUGCUCUCGCCAGCAUUGGCCACGCCAAGCCUCUCUCCGGAAACACCACCCAUCCACCCAUCGAGGGCUGCGGACGUCCUCUUCUCCAAGACUUUGACUCCUUGGGCGCGUGGUUCGAGGGCGUGAAUGCCAUCAACUGCACGUCCAUCCCGCGCCGCGACAAUGUCACGAUUGCCAUCAUCGGCGCAGGCGUCUCCGGCCUCGCCACCGGCCUGAUGCUCGACAGCGUCGGCGUGCACAACUGGGAGAUCCUCGAGGCCAGCGAGCGCGUCGGCGGCCGCUUCCGCACCAAGUUUGUCGGCGGCACCGACGAGUACGCCGAGAUGGGCCCGAUGCGGCUGCCAUGGAGCGUCACGUACAAGAGCGACAACAGCACGCACGCGUACACGGACCACCGCAUGACGUUUCAGCUCGCCGACACGCUCAACCGGAUGAACGGCCACGAUCCCCGGUACGAGAUCCGCUUCAUCCCGUGGAUCCAGCACUCGCCCAACGAGCUGCUGGCCCGCGGCACCGGCCGCCACCCGGACGGCCGCGUGCCCACGCGCGCCGAAAUCGCGGCGGACCCGCGCCUGGCCAAGCCGCCGCCGAUGAGCUCCGCCGAGUACACGGGCGUCAAGGCGCAGAUGAACGCCAUCCUGAAGCGCGAGGAGACGCUGCGCUUCAUCCAGCGCGACGUGUGGCGCGCGCACGCCUGGGCCAUGCGCCAGGGCCUCGACGACCUGUCCGAGCAGGCCUGGAUGCGCGAGCGCCUGCGCGCGAGCGACAACGUGACCGACGCCAUCUGGACCGACACCGACUACGACCUCUUCUGGGACGAGCUGCACCACAACUCCAACCUGGCGCAGGACGGCUCCGCCGGCGCGCUCGGCGAGACGGCGUGGAAGGCCGUCGACGGCGGCUUCGACCGCAUGACGGACGCCUUUGUGCCGCACGUGCGCGACCGGCUGACGCUGCGGCGCAAGAUCCGCAAGAUCGCGCCCGUGUACGGCGCCGACGGCCGGCAGGCGGCCACCCGGCUCUCCUGGUACCCGAGCGCGGGCAACCGCACGCUGCGGCACAAGGACUACGACUACGCCGUGGUGGCGGUGCCCUUCACCAUGACGCGCUUCAUGGAUCUGCCGCCGUUCUCGUCGGUGCUCGGGCGGGCCAUUAGCGAGGCGGGCCUGCGCUUCAAGUCGGCGUGCAAGCUGGCGCUGCUGUUCUCGACGCGCUUCUGGGAGCAAGGGGCGCGGCCGAUCCUGGGCGGGUACUCGCAGCCGGCGUCGAGCGCCGUCGGCGCGCUCUACUACCCCGUCUACGGCCUCAACGAGACGGGCCGCCCGGGGCUCAUCACGCAGUACCGCGGCGGCGACUGGAGCGACCGCUACGUGAGCUUCCGCGACGACGAGUACGCGCUGACGGUGCUCGACUCCGUCGUCGACCUGCACGGCGAGCAGGCGCGUGACCACUACACGGGCCAGUACGAGAAGCUCUGCUGGCUCGAGGACGAGCACACGGCCACGUCGUGGUGCCGCCCGGACGUGGAGCAGCACCGCCUGUACAUCCCCGCGUACCACCGCACCGAGUUCAACACAAUCUUCAUUGGCGAGCACACGGCGCCGACGCACGCCUGGAUCAGCUCGUCGCUGCACUCGGCUGUUCGCGGCACGGUCCAGCUGCUGCUCGAGCUGGGCAUGGUGGACGAGGCGAAAAAGGUCAAUAGGGAGUGGAUGGGGCAAUGGAUUCACGGCAAAUAG